AUGACCUUAUCCACUCAUCUUCCUCCCCACGCUCAUUCUCUCCAUUCCCCCAUCUUCUCUGAUCCGGUCCACCUCCCCACCGCCGUCUCCGCGCGCCGGCUCCGCCCUCUCCUAUCCUUGCCGCUGCGAGCGUCUCAUAGCGCGCCGGCUCUGGCCAAUCCUAUUUGCGCCGGUGGUGGAUGCAGCGCGGCCACCUCGAAGCGGCGUGGUGAGGGUCGUGGAGCGGAGUCCUGGAGGCGCGAGCGGCGGAGGGUGACUGGAGAUGAUGUGGACGGCGGCCAGCGACGGACUCACCGAGCCACUCCUCUGACGACGGAGGGGAGGUCGGGGGAGGAGGGCGCCUGGAGGCCGUUGGCGUCUACAUCGUCGUCAUCCGCGACGGCGGCGGCCUCGACGCUUGUGGCCGUGGUCGCCUCAGUUUCGCCGUCCUCCGCGCAAGGAGGUCCAGACCGACCAGCCGCCGGCGCGCUUCAUGAUGUAGGCGUCGGCAAGCUCGAACGUCUCGCUGACCCUGGCGCCUCCUUCAGCGGCGCCAGAAUCCCCUGGAGCCCGACGGCACUGGCCUCCACUCUGGCAGCGGCCGCUGCCCCUACAAGGGCUAGGUCCUGGCGCAACACCAGCAGAUGCGCCGCCUGCACGAGGAUGUUGCAGGCUACAGAGAAAAUGCCCGUAGGGGCGACGGGAAGGAGCGUUCGGGCUGGGAGGCCUCUCCUCCCGAACGAUUUCGUUCAUAGCGUGCAGCCUGUCACACCGAACUUCGUAGUGCGGUCUGGGAGGCCCCCAGACCGAACGUUCGGUCCUUAUCGACGUCCAAUAACAUUGAUCGACGGGUUAGACUCGUUUAAGCACGUUUAUGACAAGUGGGUCCUUCUUUUGCUGAUGUGGCGUAACGGCUCGGCUGAGAUGGUGUUAGACGGGACAUGGGGCUCACCUGUCAGUUGGAUCUUUUCUAAUUCACCUCUCUUUCUUUCACUUUCUCCACCCCCUUCCUCGCGGUGGAACGGACACGCGCCGCCAUCCAUGCUUGAUCUCGACUGCCGCCAACUGGCUGGACUGCACCUUCACUGCAGGCGUCGCCGGCUAGGGCAGCGGCUCAUCUGGGUCCUCUCCCAUCCCUCUACUCCUCCAACCGCUCGGUUCACAGCCACCCAAAGCACAACACAACGAUCAAGCGCCAUGGAUUCCGCCUCCUCGUCGGCGAGCGCAGCGGCCCCUCUAGCUCCUCUCCCAUCCCAUUACUCCUCCUAG